AUGAUGAGCAGGACGAGGACCGACACGGGCUACCGACCUACAGCGGCGGCGACGACGACCAUGGCGUUGCCAGCCGGGAUGGGCCUGUCCGCUGCGGCGGCCGCGGCCGGCUACUCCUACCAGAACUCGCCGUCGGCGCCACAACAGCAGCGGCAGUUGGCGGUGACCGAUCUGCUGCUCUCUGGCGGGCAGGAGCACUCCGCCAACAACAGCAGCGCCGCCGCUGCUGAGGAUGCCAUGAUUGCAGGAGGAGGAGGAGGUCCGUUGGGCACUUCCCCUACAACCCCGACUGGGGCUAUUCACCUCACGCGCUCUGCCUCUGGUCGUGCUGCUGCUGCUGCGGCCGCCGCCGCCGCUGCUGCUGCCGCCGCUCGGGAUUCAGGAAGAGCGAUGCAGCAACAGGCCAUGCCUCCGCCGCGGCCAAGAGUCAUCUCGGUGACCUCGCCGCCGCCCCCGGUCCCCCCCCCUUCGAUCAUCGCCGCCGUCGCGGACCUGCGGCAAGGGAGGAGCGCCGUGCUCCCUGGGCGGGGGGCGGGGCUGCAGGCGGCGCUGUGCGGAAAGCGGGGGCGCCGAGCGCUACGGACGUCGGAGGGGCUCAGCGACGAGGUCAAGAAGCGGUUCCCGCGGCAGGCGGAUCAAGCGGCACGCCUAACCGACGUGGAGGAACAGCUGGACAAGAGGAUCAACAGGGUCCGACGAAAGCUCCUGUACAAGCUGGAACAGCUGGAGUGGCCGUCCAAGUGCCUGCGCACGUGGCUGUCGCUGGAGGUGACGAGCGCGCCGAAGCCGGGGCAGAGACGGCGGCAGCCAUCGCCGCAGCCACGGCAGCAGCAGCAGCAGCAGGCAAGGCCCGGCGCGGAAUCAGGAAAGCAGGGGAACCGGAAGGGGAAGAAGGGGAAGAUGCCGGCGACGGGCGGAAAGGGAGCCGAGGACGACGGCAAGAAGGCCCUAGAUGCGGCGGCGGGGGACGGGGGCGACGUGGAGUUAGAAUGGUUCGUGCUGGCCAGGCUCCAGGGAUCGUUGGUGGGCGCCCCCGCCGACGGCGUGCAGAGGCGGUUCACUUCUUUCUUCUCGAGCGUGGCGUUGGAGCUGGACGGGAAGGCGUUCCCGGAUGUUGCGGCUGUGGAGUGGGUGCGGUCAGCGGGGUGCGAGGAGCUCCACUGCGUCGAGCUGCGGCUGCCCUUGGCCGGGUGCCUGUCGAGGGGGCUGAAGGAGAUAAGCGUCAAGGCGGUGCUGGCGGCGAGAGUGGACGAGGACAGGCCGCGCAGGUUUGUUGUGUCUGCUCCUCUCAGGCAGGUCCUCCGGCUGACCAAGCGCGUGGACACCAAGCCGGUCCUGAUGGCGGCUGUUUACGAAGCUUUGCGGCUCAAGGGCGCUCUUCCCGGGGGCACAAGAGCAGCAGCAGCGGCGGCCGCCGCCGCGGCAGCAGCGGAUCCAAAUGGUGCAGGAGGUGGGCAAGGCAGUCACGGUGGCGGCGGCGUCAGCGGUGCUGGCGGCGGGACCAUGCUCCACUGCGACCCCGAACUCGCGGGGGUUUUGGGCGCGUCGUCCUUUCCGUUCAGCCAGCUGGAGGAGGCCCUCGGUCCCCACGUAGAACCCGCCGAAUCGCCUUCCUUGGUCGCCACAGUCUCGCUGGAGAAAGGGAACGCGGUGGAAACGUGCGCGGACGUGACCGUUGACACCGAGACCCCCUUUCAGCUCCGGGCGGCGCAGUCUCUUCUCGGCAGCGACGGCGGCAGAGGAGCAGGAGGAAGCGCGGAGGGAGCACCCCUCCGACAGAACGGCGCCGUGGCCGUCGAGCAAAGGGCGGGUCUGGGAGGGGGGCCGGCUGAGGGGGGAGGGGGGCACACACGGGCGCUUGGGGUGCCUACUGUGGAAGAGAGAGAGGCGGAGCUCCAGCUCGGCCGACAGGUUUCCUACCUUGCGGAGGCCGUGAACGCCUCCGGCAGGAGGGCCGCGAUGCUCCGAGCCCUCUCCGAGGCGCCGUUGGAGGCCUUGCAACGCCUGGGUGCACAGAUGCAGGCCGACGAGGAGCUCUUGGCGGCGGCUGCGGGUGUGGAGCGGCCUAGGCGAGAAGGGGAAGCGGAGCCUUGGUCGGAUGCCGGCGUGUGCGCACGAGUGGUGCAAGGGCGGGCGGAGGCGCUGAGGAAGGAACAGAUGCAGCAGGCCCUCGAGGCGGACAUCCGGGUCAGGGCGGAGCAGAACGCCCUCGCCGAGGACGCGGCCAAGGAGAAGGAGGCGAGGGCGGCGGCAGCGGCGGCGGCGGCCAUGGCCCAGGCACAGGCGGCACAGGCGGCGGCGGCGAAGCAGGCGGCCGAGCGGGAGAUGAUUCUCCAGCAGCAGCAGCAGGCGCAGCUGCUGCGCAGGAGAGAGGCCCAGCUACAAGAACGCGCACUGCUUGAAGAGAGAGAGGCCAAGCGACGGCAUCAGCAGCAGCUUCAGAUGCAAGAGCAACAGCAGCAGCAACACAGCCGAGAGUACCAGCAGUGGCCCGGCGCCUCCUCUGAAGGUUACGCACAGCACGGUGACCGAACACGACGUAGCGAUCAGCAGCAGGAAUACCGGAAUCAACCGCCGGGCGGUUUCCGCAACGACGGUCAGAGAGGGCUCAGGCAACAGGAGUACCUACAACAGCCUCCGCCGCCUUCGCAACGGCAAGAGCAGGAGCAAAGAACAGCGAAGCACGGCGUGUCAGAGGAGGCCGAUUGGGCACGAGGGCCCCGAUCGGAGCAGCAGCAUCAAGAGUCGAGCGGCGGAGAGGAAACUCAACGGAUGCUGCUGCAGCAGCGGCGACGGCAGGAGAACGACCCGGACAAUUCUUCCUACGUCGCGUGGCAGAGUCAGGCAGAGCGCCGGCAAAAUGAUGUGGAUCGAAAACGGCCCUAACAAAGAGAGAAAAUACAAUGAUUUUUUUUUAUAUCAUAUGCAGGAGAGAUUGAUGGGUUUCCCUCUAGCACUCUGCCAUGCCAUGAGUACGCGCUGCAGCAGCAACGACUGGAAUUUCGAUGGCCAGCUGCUGGGUGGCACCAAGGCUUCCUGCAUAGAGAGCGAAAGCAAAGUAGUGGUGGUAGUCUUUUGACUUGCAUCUUUCUUGCUCCGAGGGGUCCUCAGGGACGAUGGAGAGUUGAAGGUCUUCUACGCGACUGUGUUGUUAUCGUACGGCCUGGCCACAGCUGGUGCUCAAAAGGCUCGCGGAUGAGUCGGCAACACAACUACAGUAGUUUUCUGUGUCCGGAGUUGCUGUACAGGGGAAAAGAUCCCCCCCCCUCCUGCACCGCGACCCCCCGGCGGGGCGCACUUUUCGAAAUAUAACGACCAAUUGUUCCACGGGUGUGUUCUCUGUAGCAGUACGGUGUUCCUUACCGUAUCGAUUUGUCCCGUGUCGUCGUUUGUGUGGGUUCUGUACCUGUCCCCGUAGCAAAAGUUAGAAUUGAAGGUGUACGCGGCGAAGAUUCGCUAUAUUAGAAAUAGAUGUCAAAGAACAACCAUCUUACAGU